AUGAGCAAACGGCUAUAUACCCUCGAUGGGGGAAAAAUAAGCGAAUUUGAAAGAUUGGGGUUACCCCAUUUUGAUUUUUUAUCAUGCAAAUAUAAUGAUGAAGAUAAAAAAAAAGCAAUAAAAAAUUUGAAAAACAUACAUUUAAGCUAUUUAUUAAGUGGGUCAAAUAUAAUAACUACAAAUACAUAUCAAGUUAAUUUACAUAGUUUGAAAGAAAAUAAUAUAAGUAUAGAAAAAGGAGAAGAAAUUAUAAAUAGAUAUAUAGAUAUAGCAUAUGAAAGUUGUGAAAAAUAUAAACAAAUAAAAAAAAGGAAUACAUGUUUAUAUUAUGAUAUAGAAACAUAUAAAUCUCCAUAUGAAUAUGUUGAACAGUUUCAAAAUAUUAGACAAAAUUUAAAUGUUUGUAAUUCUAAUGAUAAAAUUAAUGUACAAGAAUAUUUUAGCUAUUUGGAUUUACAAAAUGAUAUAUUUGGAAAUAAAAUUAAAAUGAAAAAAUCGUCAGAAAAUUUUAUUGCAUUUUCAAACGGUUCAUAUAAUUCAUCAUUUCGUAAUUUUACUGAAUAUUCUGGGGUUUUUCAAAAAGGUAAUAUAUCAAAAGAUGUGGAAAAAAAAGAAAAUGGAAAAAACAAAAUUAAUAAAUUGUAUAACAAUAAAUUAAAUAAAGAAUUUGAUAUCAAAUUAAAUUUAAUUCAUUUAAAAAAAAAGUUUAAAGAUGGUAGAAGUUCUAUUGAAAUGGUUCCUAAAUGUAAGAAGAUAUAUGAAAAUAACGAUUUAAAAUAUGAUUUUUUUCCAACACAAAAAUUAUUUAAUUAUGGAAUCGAAUAUUAUAUAGAUGUAACAGAUGAAGAAAUAUUAGCUAAUUGUAAAUUUAAAUUAGAAUCAUUUUGCAGAAAUAAAAAUAAAUUAAAUUUUUUUUCAUUAUUAACAUGUACAAAUAUAAGAGAAGUUUUCACUUUUUAUAAUACCAUAAAAUAUUAUGCAACAAGUUUUAAUAAUAACAUAAUUAUAAAUUUUUUUUGUAAUAAUUCCAAAAAUAUUGGAACCUCAUGUUAUUCUUUUUUUGAUAUAGUAUCUUUAUUAUUAUAUUUAGAUUCAUAUAAUAAAUAUAUUUAUGCUAUUGGGUUAAAUUGUGUUAAUAUUAAUUAUGCUUAUAAUUUGUUUUUACCAUUUAAAAAAUAUACAUCUACCUACAAUAAUAUAAAUGUUGAAUUAUAUAAAAGUGAAAAUCAUCAAGUUAAUUCAUUUAUUAAAAAUAUAUUAAAUGAUAUCAAAAAAAAUAGAUAUAUUUAUGAUGUUAAUUUCUUUUGUUCCCCAAAUAAAACCCUAGAAAAAGUUUCAUUUAGUGAUAAUACUGUAAAUUUCCAAACACAUUCUAGAAACAAACAAAUUCAUGUUUAUAAUAAUAUUGAAAAAUGGAUCAACGUAGGAAUAAAUGGUUUUGGUGGAUGUUGUUAUUAUACUCCUUAUGACAUUUCAUUGAUAAAUUAUAAAUUGUCCAAAAUGGCCACUUCACCUGUUAUUUGA